CGUAGAUAAGAUAAUGGUGAUGUUAAUAUGUUAAAAGUUAAUCUAGUUCAAUAAAUAAUAAUCACAGGAAUAUGUGUGUUUUAAUUAAUAUAAGAAAAAUAGCAGACAAAAGAAAUAUCCAAUAGCCAAAAGUUAAAAGGUUAUGUGGCCAGAGCUUCCAGAAGACAAAUAAAAUACAAGAAAUAAAAAAGUGAGGUUAAAAAGACGAAAUGGCACAUGUUGGAGUUGGUGGAAAAACCUUUUUCAAUGAACCUUUGAAUACUGAGAACUAUUAUAAUUGGAAAUUCAGAAUACAAUUAAUUCUAGCUGAAAACGGAGUGGCUGAAUGUAUAGAAAGGGAAGUAAAUAUAGCACAAUUGACAGGGGAAGAGAAAGCAAAAGAAAUAAAGAAUGAAAAUAAAGCGAAAUCACUUAUAGUGCAGUGCGUAAAAGACAACCAGUUGGAGAGCCUAAGAGAAAAGAAAACGAUUUCUAGUAUGUGGAAGUUAUUGGAACAGAAGUACGAAAAGAAUGACCUACCAGGACAGUUAUAUUUAAAAAAGAAAAUGUUAUCGAUGAAAUUGAAUGAAGGCGAAGAUUUAAAUAAAUUUUUAGAUAGGGUUGAUGAGGUAGUUCGGCAGUUAAAAUCCACUGGUGUAGAAAUUCAAGAAAGUGAUGUCAUUUGUAAUAUGUUACUAACAUUGCCAAAAUCAUAUGAAACGGUAGCCACAAUAAUCGAAAACAAGCCAGCAGAUACAUUGAACAAUGAAGAAGUCAAAAACAAAUUACUCGCUGAAGAAGAAAAGAGAAAACAUAAUUCACGACAGGGUAUAGUAACUGAUCAAACAGCUUUUGGUGUAGAAGUUAUAUGUUACGGUUGUGGUAAAAAGAGUCACAUCAAGAGAAACUUCAGAGUAACUAGCCACAGAAGUUUUGAAAGAAAUUUAGGUUAUUCAAAUAUACAGAGAGGAGGUUGCCAGCAAUUUCGAAGCAAAGGUUUUAACCGAGGUUUUAAUAGAGGAAGUAGAGGUGAAGGUAGAUAUCAACGAUAUGAAGUAAUCAAGGAGAAGUAGAAGAAAAAGAGGUUAGUGAGAGUGAUAAUUAUCAGUUUGUUUUAUAAAUGACAUGAAUAUGGAAUCUAAUAUGUUAAAUAAAAAUAAUGAAAAUGAAAUAACCUUUUGCAUAGAUAGUGGAUGUACUGACCAUUUAGUUAAUAAUAAAAAAUAUUAAUAAUUAUUAUUGGAUAAAUUGCUCGAGCAAGUUUGUAAACCCUAAUCAAAAGGCGAUAUAGAAUGGUUUUAAAAAUCAAGGCUUGUGAAAAUCAUCACAUGGUUUAACCUAAAUAAUAGCAAUGCUUCACCAACAAAUUCAACGUCCUAAUACUACUAUCGGCUUUCGGUCUUUCGUUCCAAGUUAAAUCAUUUCUCGUUUUUUUACGCUACGAGUUUACCCUUGUGGGCUUCAGUCUCGAUGAGGUG